AUGAUGGCGGCCGUGUUCAAGUUCGUCUCCUCGGAUCAGACUGGUCCCAAAAGGUUACAAACGAGCAAAGCUUGUGAUUACUGCCGUCGGCGAAAGAAACGAUGCACCCAUGGAGAAAAUGCGAAUGGCCAACCUGUUUCUACGCCUGUAGGUCGCGACAACACUGCAUUGGUCAAUCAGCAAAGCGCUAUAGAUAAUCAGACUUCGGUUCCGGAUGAGCCUAGAUUAGUUGAAGCACCUCAGAUAGUGGACAGGCAACUCACAGGCGGAGUUUCUCAACUGCAUGACCCAGAUGAGGAAGUUGGAAACAACUCGUCUACUACCCGCAAUGCACGCUUUAUCGGGGAUCUCAAUCCAGAGGGCAUUUUCUUAGCAGCAACGAGUCCUGAUGCCACGCGAGGGGCCUCAUUAGAUGACAGUAUCGGGGUCUGGCUGAACUCCUCAUUGAACCAUGGGUCUCAGAAGACAUCCCAGGUUUUACAAUCUCCAUCGAACCUGUUCUAUCGAUCUGGAUCAUUGAUACAGAAAGUUCUCAUUCCCUUACUAGAACAGGAGUGUCUGUCUACGAUGCCCCCACCUGAUGGAUUUCAAGCUCUAUCACAGAUAUAUUUCGAUAAGGUUUUUCCAAUUUUUCCCGUGGUCAACCAGAGCACAAUCCAAAGUUCACAGAUAUCGAAGCCAGACAGUACAAUUUUGCAGCAAGGCAUCUGCCUAGCCGCCUCUAAGAAUCAGGCUGCUGGGCCAUAUCUCAUUCUUGGUGAUGCGAGCUUGAGCUGUAGGGAGUUUGGUGAGAAGAUUUCCGGAGCUAUGAGAAUGACGAUUGAGAUGGGUCUCGUAAAGAACAAGAUCGUGCUCAUCCAGGCCUUAGCUUUGCUAUCGCAAUUCAGUGAUGAUCCCCCGGGUGAAGACCUUUCUUCUCAGUUCUGUAUGAGAGCAGUGCAUCAAGUUCAAUCGCUGGGACUACAUGUCAAAGGACAAGAAGAGCACGCAGAUCAGGGUAAUACGACCCUAUUAUGCUGUAUCUGGGCAAUGGACAGGAUGAAUGCAGCAUUCAAUGGACGCCCAGUCUCAAUGCACGAGAGAGAUCUUCGAAAAGAUUUAGAUCAAUGCUUCCAGCAUCAGCAACCAUCUUUCCGUUUAUUCCUCGAAGUAAUAACACUGCUGGAUAAAGUCAUUGAGCUCUACCGUCCGGUCGCUGUUUCUGGGGAUACCCCAGUUUUGAGCUGGGACUUUCCCGCCUUUGAAGAUAUGGUCUUGAAAUGUGGCAGUUCUCACAUCGGAACUACAGCUCUAGCAUCUAUCGAAGUUCUCUAUCACGCUGUUGCAAUCCUCUCUUGCCGCACGAAAUUAUGGGUCGACCCUGGGCGUUCAUCCACGGCUUUCCUCAGACAAAGCUUAUCUACUUCUAUCCUCAGCUCAACUUUCAGUCGGGCACCUCAAGAUCAACUGGUGCUCUUCCCGUUUGUACCCUAUGCAAUGUCUCUAUCCAUGAGCAUCUCAUAUCGAGAAAUAAGAUACGGCAAGCUCCCUGCCCAUCGAGCACGAUCUCGUGGCCAUUUUCAAACACUAUGUGAUGCUUUGUCGGCACUUGAGGGUGUUUUUUGGUCAGCUGCUGCAACAGCAGAGAUGGGAAGAAAAUUGUUAAAAGAAAUGGACCGAGUCUUUUCUACGGUGUCGACCUCGGAGACUAUGAGAUCGCAUCAACCACAUACAAGGAGCAAUUCUCAUACUCGUGCAAAUAGUCAACAUCCAGGGCCUGGAAGUACUUCUCAGAGUGCAGUAAUGACGAAUGCCGAUACACAGCACUCUGAUAUUUCUAUGCAAGAUUUUGACCCGUCAAUAUUCGACUCCAUAACAGACAUCGACUUGUUUGGCAUGUUUGAUCCUGCUUUUGAUCUCGAUGGAUUUGAUGCAUGUCUGGAAGGAAAUCUCAAUCCUGGUUUUCCUUCAGGGUUACAAUGA